GUCAAAAAAUGUGAUAGUCGAUAUCUCUGCGUAAAAAUCAAUUUGCUUUACAAUUUCACUAUUCUGAAUUUUGGGCUGCUUUGAAUAUAAAUAAUUUAUUUUUACUGUCAGAAUAACUACGAUUAUGGGUGAAAGAUACAAUAUACAUAGCCAGUUAGAGCAUCUACAAAGUAAAUACAUCGGCACUGGACAUGCAGAUACAACAAAAUUUGAAUGGCUUACAAAUCAACAUCGGGACUCGCUCGCUAGUUAUAUGGGACACUACGAUAUGUUGAAUUAUUUUGCUAUUGCUGAAAAUGAGUCUAAAGCGCGUAUACGUUUUAAUUUGAUGGAAAGAAUGCUACAGCCAUGUGGGCCACCCCCAGAGAAAGCGGAAGAUUAGAUUAGUUGUGAAGAGGUGUUUUAUAACAAGUUCGAAAUAAAAUUAGAUAAAAAAGAAAAAAAA